AUAUCCAAAUUAUAAAGAUAUACAUUGAUUUGAAAUUAAACAUAUCGUUAUAACCAACAAAAAUAUCCAAAUCAAACACCACCUAACAUAGAUUUCCAAGGGGAAAAUUUUUUUGCACGUCUAAAGUAUUUGUUUACAUGGUACCCCCCACGAGCUCCCUGUUUCAGGGACGUCAAAAAAAAAUUGAAAUUUGCAAUUCAAGCUGUCAUUACAGCUUGUGUUUCCACGUCGAUUCAUCUAGCCCCCUAAAUGGCUGCUUCUACUGUGUCUUUCAUCAUCAACACUUUGCAAUUUGCAUUGGUCGGCAAAUCAUGUCUCAUUCUAAUAUUCUAUCAUGUAUCCUUCUAAAGAAUUCAUCUCCCUUUGUCUACUCUUUUUUGGCUCUACGUCUCUUUGCAGAUUCGAUCGGACUGCAUUAUAAGAUUUACAAAAUUCCAUGUCACCUUGGGUUCCAAUUGCCCCCCUUACCUAAGAUAUAUAUAUAUAUAUAUAUAUAUACACCAUACACGACAAGCAUGCAAGAGGAGUCCUUAUUCUGUUAUUCCAAUAAGCUUACUUCAAACGGAUUAGUGCAGGCUACAGACUGUGAUGGCAAUAUCAAUAAAUAACCAUUAGUCACAAUCCUCGCCGUACAUAUAUUUUAUUCUACUGACUCGUUGUUUACCUCCAUGUCUAAUAUUAAUACCUUGGAAUGUUUGUUUUCUAGAUAAUUAUAUCUAUAUUUUGAGAGCAAAUUAAUUUUUUUACUUCCUCCUAUGGCUGAGGCUAGUCAUGAUCUGUUCUCUCUCACACCAUUUGAUUUCACUAUGGGAGUUCAAGGUGAUCAUAAUCUUCCUUUUGACAAGUAUGAGAAAGAGGCAAUGAAAGGAAAACGAGAUCUGUUUUUCGAAGAUUUACCACAACAGGUUGAUCAUUCCAUGUCAUCUUCUGGUUAUGGUGUUUUUAAUCAAGAAAGUGGAGCCAUGGAAGAACCCUUCCAAUUCAGUCAACAAGUUCUAACUAGCCAAACAGCAAGUGAUCAUCAAGAACCCGAAAAUGAAAGCACGCCUCCUCCGCCAUAUUCUCUAUCAAGUCUAGAGCUCCUUAGAAACUACGGAAGUGGGGUCAAGAAGUUGAGGGGGAAAGAGUUCGCAAGUGGCAACACAAACAACAAUGAAAAUCAUCAAAAAAAACCAUCAACAGAAGAAAUCAUGAGAAUAGCUGGAGCAAGGUACAUACAGUUUUCCGAUCAAAUGUACGACGAUUACUCCAUGCUCAUGCACCCUUUUGGGCAUGCUCUAUCAGGACUGUCUGACGAGGAAACAAGAGAUGUGGAGCUAGCUCAUCUUCUUCUAAAUGCAGCAGAGAAGGUUGGUUCUCAAGAAUUUGAACGAGCAAGCAGGCUGCUGUCUCGUUGUGAGUGGAUUGCAUCGCAGCAGGGCAAUUCUGUGCAGAGAAUUGUCCACCACUUCUCUGUUGCACUCCGGGAGAGAAUCGACAGAGAGACAGGAACUUUCGCAAAAAAGUCAUAUUUGGUUCAGGAGAAAACACCAUCAAAUGAUGGGUUGGAUUACGAGUUGUCCAUGUUAGAGCAUCACCAAGCGAUUCCUUUCAGUCAAGUAAUGCAAUUUACAGCAGUUCAAUCCUUGAUUGAAAAUCUUGGAUCUGCUAAAAAGAUUCACUUGAUUGAUCUUGCAAUUAGGAGUGGAGUUCAUUGGACGGCAUUUAUGCAAGCACUUGGUGAACGUGAACAAAUUCCACUCCAGCUACUUAAAAUUACUGCAAUCGGAUCAAUAGAGAAAAGUCAUCAGAUAGAAGAGAUCGGGAAGAGACUCUCGAGCUUUGCAAAAUCCAUGAACUUACCAUUCUCAUUCAAGGUUGUCUAUGUCCUAGACAUGAACGACAUCAGAGAAGAAAUGUUCGAAAUCAGAUACGACGAAGCAUUAGCAGUCCACUCCAAAAUGUUUCUGAGGACAUUAAUUUCCAGGCCAAGUUGCUUGGAAAAUCUAAUGAGAGUGAUAAAAAACCUGAAUCCUUGUAUAAUGGUGAUUCAGGAGGUCGAAGCCAACCACAAUUCACCUUCAUUCGUGAAUCGUUAUAUUGAAGCCUUGUUCUUCUACAGUUCUUAUUUCGAUGCAGUCGAAACAUGUAUGGAUCGGAGAAAUGAGCACACGAUCAGAAUUGAAGAGAUCUUAUCCAGUGGAAUUCGAAACAUGGUCGCGAUGGAGGGCAGUGAGAGACGUUCUCGAAACGUUAAAUUGGAGGUGUGGAGGGCGUUCUUCGCUAGGUUUAAGAUGAUAGAGAUAGGGUUUAGCGAUUCGUCUCUAUACCAGGCGAGCUUGGUCGCGAAGCAGUUUCCGUGUGGAAGAUCGGUUAACCUUCACAACAACGGCAAGGGUUUGAUUGUUGGGUGGAAAGGAACGCCAUUGCACUCUGUUACAUCUUGGAAGUUCGGUAGAGAGAGAUGGAGGCCAUUUUUUAAUUAUAAUUUUCAAAAUCCAAAAUAGUUUAUAGUUAGAUAUUUAUUUUCUUCAUUUAUUUGUAUCUAUU